AUGAAAUUAGGAUAUAAUGAAAUAAUGAUUGUCUCAAAGUAUUUUGAAGAUAUUAAUGAUUUUAUUAAUUUAGAAAUGGGAAUUAAAAGAUUUGAAGGGAAUAUGGAACGAUUUCAUUUUAAUCCAAUUCCAUUGAAUCAAUAUUCAAGAAAAUUGUUUCCUAAUAUUGAAACAUUUCAUAUUUAUAAUAAAGAAGAUGAAGUGUUUAAAGAUGGAAGAAUAAUUAAAUAUGUAAUAUGGUAUAAAGUAGAAUAUUCAAGAUAUUUAGAAGAGAAAGAAGAAGGAAAUAUUUGUAAAAAUAUCGAAUAUACAAAAGAAGAUAUAAAGAAAUAUGGAAAUACAAUACCAAUAGAAGUUAAUUCACUUGGAGAAUAUUGUUUUUAUGGAUUAAAAUCCAUUAAUAUUCCAUCAACAAUUAGUAAAAUAGGAAAUAACAAUUUUAGUAAUAAAUUAUUAACAUCAAUCACAGUUGAUAACUUGAAAUUUAUAAGUAAAGAAAGAAUAUUUAUGAAUGAACCAGCAUUAUUAAGUAUUCAAACUCCACGUGAUAUACAACAAAUAAACAAGAAAAAAGUAAUACGAAGAAAUAUUAAUGAAUUUAUAAUACCAACAACAAUCACUAAAUUAACAGAUGAGUGUUUCAAAGAAUGUUACUCAUUAACAUCAAUUAAUAUACCAAUAACAGUUAGUAAAAUAGGAAGUUAUUGUUUUAGUUAUUGUUCAUCAUUAAAAUCAAUUAAUAUUCCACUAUCAGUUAAUGUAAUAGAAAAUUAUUGUUUUGAUGGAUGUUUAUCAUUAACAUCAGUUACUAUACCAUCAUCAAUACAUUCAUUAGGAGACAAUUGUUUUAGAGGAUGUUCAACAUUAAAGUCAAUUAAUAUUCCAAAGACAGUUAGUAAACUAGGAAAUGGGUGUUUUGAGAGAUGUACGUCAUUAAGUUUAAUUAAUAUACCAAGAGGAAUAAAAGAAAUAGGAGGUGGAUGUUUUUAUGAAUGUUUGUCAUUAACCAGUAUGAAUAUACCGACAACAAUUAGUAAAAUAGGAGGGACAUGUUUUAAUGGAUGUAAAUUAUUGAAGAACAUCAAUAUAAAAAAUCUUCAAUUUAUUAGUGGAAAUAGAAUAUUUUUAAAUGAACCAAUUUUAUUGAGCAUUAGAACACCAGAAAAUAUAAAAGAGAUUAACAGAAAUGAAAUUAAACAAAGAGAUAUUAAUGAAUUUAUAAUACCAACAACAAUCACUAAAUUAACAGAUGAAUGUUUUAGUGGAUGUACUUCAUUACGCUCAUUUAACAUUCCUACAACAGUAAAUGAAUUGGGAAGUUAUUGUUUUUGUGGAUGUUCAUCAUUAAAAUCAAUUAUUAUUCCAUCAACAGUUAGUAUAAUAGGAGAUGAAUGUUUUAAAGGAUGUUCAUCAUUAACAUCAGUUACUAAAACACUAAAAGAAUCGAAUGAAGAAAAUACAAAAUGUGUUUUAGUGUAA